AUGUGUCGACGUCUGGAACAAUUAAUUGAUAUGAAAAGAAAUCGAAUGAAUAAAUAUAAUCAAUAUAGACAGCAGUUACAAGCUGAAGAGACUCAAGUUCAAACCGAAAUAGCUCAAACAAAACAAGAACUUAUUACACUUCAAGAAAAAAUGAAAUUCUUACAAGAUAUUACCGUGAAAACUCGGGUGGAAGUAAAUGGAUUGAGAGAAA